CUUUUUUUCUUUUGGCACCAACAAAAAACCCAAUUCAACCAAUUCAAAGUUGUACUGUUAUAAAUUGGAAAAUAAAAUCUUUAUUUUUUAAUUCUCAAAUUGACUGUGUCUUAAAAUAUGAACAAUUUCGUAUAAACAUGCAACAGUAUUAAAGUUAUAUUCUUGGAAAAUAUUAAUUGAUGUGUAUGUUUUUAUAUUACUAUAUAGAGAUGCAUAAAAAUUGUGUUGUAAAAAACAGUUAUUUCCAAGAAAUGCAUUUGCUAUUGGAGUAGUGUGAAUACUAUAAAAAACACCAAACAACGCGUAAAACAAUAACGGAAUGGAAUCCUCUCAUUCAUCAAAGGGCAGCAGCGACUCAUUUAGCUUCAAAGCUACAGCGACUUCUUCCACUGAAACUUCUCCUCAAAGUAAGGUGAGAAAUAUAAAUUUGUUCAAAAUGCCAGAAAACGAUUGCAGCAUAGUGGUCAAACGCGAACUUUUGGAUGAAGGCAUAAGGGACGAAGAAGAAAAACGUUUGGAAGCAUCGAGAAAACAAAGCGAACAAUGCGAGAUUUCUAGUAUAGUUUUGGAUAACAUUGAAACCACGAGGUCACAAGUUUUGAAACAUGACCAAGAUCAAACAGUUACCGAAGAAUCUCCUCCCACAUUCAAAACAUUUGAUAAUAAUAUACCCGCAAGCCAAAAGAAAAUUGCGAAAGAUAUCGGUAAUGGGAAGAAACUUCACGGCAAAAACAAAUCUCUUGAGAGGAAUUCAAUGGGAACAGAAUUUGCAGCAUUUGAUAACGACUUUAAAAGAAUGCGGAACAAUGUACGGAAAAAGAGUUCCAAAUCUCAUAAAAUACCAGUGUACAAACCGUCACCGUGGAAUGAUACCGACUCCAACGUCUCAAUGCUUAGAGAAAUUGAGACCAACGAUGAAGUUAAGAUAUUUGUAUACGAUGAAUCCUUGACAACAACUAACACAUGUAAUGACCAUAACAAAGCUAAUAGCUCCAUUGGUUCUGUGAAAACAAUAAACACUUGCAACAAAUCAAUAUAUAUUGAUGACGAUGAUGAUAUCUUAAUUGAUCUGACCAAUUUCGGGGACAAUAAAGAGAAUUCUUCGCCCAUUUCCAAAAAGAGGAAUGCGACUAAAUUCAGUUCUGUUAAUAUUUGUUUGAAUAGUGAUAAUGAUGCCAGCGAUAUUGGCAUAGUCCCUGAAAAUAUUACAAAGUCACAGUGGAGAAAUAGACCUAAAACUUUUGGAAAACACGAGGACUUAUUGUCAGUUGUCAACAGUCAUAUACAAAUUGACAAUGGUUUUACAUUGAUCAAUUUGAAACAGUUAGACGAGACUAAAACAAAUUUUGAUAAAACAAUUUAUCACACCAUAAACAUUGUAGAUCAACCAACAUCAUCAUUGAACUGCAACUUGCAGAGGAAUAUUGGUCAGGAAUAUAAGGAUGAGGCUCAUUUAGUUAUUAAAACAUCUCAAACAAUAAGAAAAGAUAGUAAUGAUCCAGAUGCUAACACCGAUGAAAUACAAAUUGAUGAUGGUUACACCGUAAUUGAACUAGAACAAAAACCAAUUUCUCCAACCACAUCAUUGAACUGCAGCUUAAAAAAGGCAUUAUGUCAGGAUUAUGAGGAUGAUGCUCACUUAGAUAUCCCAUACGAUGAUCGCGACCAAUUGAUACAUUCAAAUUUUUCCGAUGAUAAUAAAUUUCUCUCAUAUAAUAAAUCAAUAAAUCGCAUCAGAUUAGAUCAAAACCAAGGAAACAUUUUAGAUUUAUCUACCAACAGAUUCGCAUCAACUGAAAACCGAAGCCAUGACGAAAAUGCACAUGGCAAUGAUAAUCUUGAAGAAGAACUCCAUAGUGCGGUCAGUGAUGGAGAUGGAAUUUUAGAUUUGUCCAAAGUUGGUGAGGUCUCAUUGAUAACAUACAAAAAAUCAAAUCAGAUUCGCCAUCAAACGGAAAAAACCCAGCAGAUCCAUAAGAAAUUACCAGGAACUUAUAUUGCAUCAUUUAAAACAACUACAGAUAAUAAGAAAAAUGAUGAACUUGCAAACAAUAAUAAUAAGAACGCGAAAACUAACAAUAAUUCAAAUUCUGAGGAAAAUGUUUUAGAUUUAUCCGUGCAUGGUAAAGUUUAUUUAGUUGAAGAUGUCACUCCAAUAAAUUUGCUGUCUCAAUUGCGACUUUUUAAACCUGCAAAUUGCAACAACAAUAUUAAAGAAACAUCUGAAGAAAAUAAUGUAAAAUGGCGAAUUAACAAAGAAACUUUAAAUAACCAAAAAUUAUCAAAAAUGAAAUUCGAGGUGACAAAAGAACUCAAAACCCCACUGAAAACGUCAACUUCGCCAACAAUUACCAGAUCACAAAUGGAAGCAGAUAAAAAUAAUGAAAAAAAUGAUCUACAAUCAAAAACAAAUACGAAAAAUGCAUUUCCUCAAAAAUUGUAUAGGGCAAGAAAAAGAGUUAUGUCUUUAGAUAUGGUUCCACGCAAAAUAUCCCAUAAAGAGGGAAAACCAAACAUGGAAAUUACAUUUAGAUGUGAUAAUAUGGAAGAACCACAUCAACCAGUGAACAUACAGUACAAUCAGUCUUUACAAAAUAAUACGGUAUUAAAAAUGAAGUAUAACCAAUCAAUAAAGAAAAAAGACGACAAUUUAGCGACUGGUGAAAAAUCGGCUUUCCGUUCUAAAGUAAAUGAUAUCGUAGAAGGCAAUGAACUUCCACAGGAGAUGCCACUAUCUAAUGAACUAAUGCCAAAAUCUAUAAAUAAAACUGUAAUGGAAAAUAAGGAUUUACCUUCCGAUUGUACUAAGAGUACCAGUGGCGAAAUAAGUCCUUUAGAAAGGUCAAUUUUAAAACGUUCCGAAGAGGACAUUGACAUUUAUUCACAGAGCUGUGCUCUAAAAUGUACAGAUGAGUCUAAAGGUAAUAGUAUAAACGAAAACGAUGCCAAUAAACAAAUUCUAAAUAUCAUUGAUGAAUUAGAUGAUAUAUUGGAAGACGCAUUUGAUAAGGAACCACACAAAGACUUACCAAUAACCAGCAAAGACCAGAAAUGUGAAUCAAAAGGACCGGUGUCACCAUCUAAGAAAGAUGAAUUGUAUGAUAUAUUGGAAGACGCAUUUGAUAAGGAACCACACAAAGACUUAACAAUAACGAAAGAAGGCCAAAAAUACGAAUCAAAAGGACCCGUGUCACCAUCUAAGAAAGAUGAAUUGUAUGACACAUUUGAUAAAGAACCACACAAAGACUUAUCCAGCGAAGACCAGAAAUGUGAAUCCAAUGGAGCCGCGUCACCAUCUAAGAAAGAUGAUGUAGAAUUCAAGUCAUCGUCUUCAUUGACAAAGUGCAUAUCGUCAAUGACAAUGUUAUCCAGUAAUGACAAUGUUAUCCAAAAAGACUUACAAAGCUCGCAAAAUUUAAAAAAAUUGAGAGGUUUGCUCGAUAUUGGAAAUGGCACAGAUGUUAGCGGCGAAAUGCUUACUGAUUUAAACGAAAAUAAUCGCAUUGAAACGAAAGUUUCUACUGGUUUCGAAAAUGAUUUUGCCGACGUAACAAAUGACAUAAAUAAAACAUUCGAAUGCAAGGUCCAAAAUACAAUUAGCCUCCUAGAUUCGGUGAUAAAGUCAGAAAGGGAUGCUGAUAAUUUAUUGAUAUCGGACAACAUCACUACUGAAACCGUUGACGAGGAAUCUACAAGCAUACAGUCAACACCAAAUGUGUGUCCAGAUUUGAAUAACAACCCUUUCAACUUGAAAAUAACAUCUGUGGUAUCCAUUCAUCCGUUUCAAUGCAUCCAAGACGAGAAAAACAGUCAUCAAGAAGUUGAAAUUAAACAUGAGAAGGACAAUUUAAUAGAUCUUCGUGCAAGUCCUACUAAAAUUGAUGAAGACCCUAAGAAUCUGAUCCCAUUUGAAGACGUAAAAGCUGAAAAGGAAGUAUUAGACUUGGGAAUAUUAAAGGAAUCAGACGAUAUCAAAACAGAGGAACAUUUAGAUGAUAAAUGCAAAUAUAUUGAAUUGCAAAGCGUACCCGUGGCCGAUAUUAAAGAUGAUGCCUCGAUCAAUUUAGAUGAUGAUCAUUAUAUGGAUGAUGGUUCCUGCGAGUCCGAAUCCACCACAGUAGAUAAUUCAACAAUGAGUUAUCAGGAAGAUGACCUAUUGCAUCAAAUUGAAAUCGACACUUCUGAAGGCAAUUGCACCUCGAACACAAGUUUGAAAGCCAAAAUCAAGAAAAAGAAAAAGGAUUCGUCUAGCGAUUCAGUUUAUUUAAAAAAACCACCGAAAAGAAGAAGAAUUGAAACAAACGCCGAAAAAAGACAUGAACGCAAAAGUGAUAGAGCAAAUAAGAUGCAGCAGAAAUCAAAGCCAAAGUUUUUGAAAACAUCAAAUGCAAAUCGCGGGACAAAUGACAACAAUAAAAAGAAUUCCAAGGCGCAGAAACAAUCUGUGAGUGUGUCAGGCAAAACCAAAACGUCAGGAAAUAAUGUUGGAGUUCGCAGACCACCGCCCGUUAAUGUUAAUUCUAAAUCAAGGCAAACUCGAAAUGAUGAAGAAUUUCCGAAGCCAUUUAAAUUAGAAAACAGUUCUGCAGCAGCAGAAUCCCGAACCGAAGGAACUAAUAUUGAAGCAGAUGUGCCACAACCCAUCAGGUUAAAAUGGGAUUGGAAAACAAAAAUUGAUAUAAAAAAGCCUCAAACGUAUAUGAUUCGUUGUCUUCAACCACGUGUAAAGGUGAAGCGUUUGCAUCGGAAUUUAAUACCACCUGUAAAACAUAGUACGCCUAGAACAAAAAGCUUGGAAAGUGCUGGUUCCGCACAAUACACCCAUAGCAAUCAUAGUGUAAUAAGCUCUAACUUGGAUUCUGACAGUAACACCUCAACAUUAGAUGCUGACGUUGCAAGCACGUCACAAGGACUGAGUCCUCAUUUCACUAUACUUCAUAAAAUUGCCGCUGAGCGUGCAUUUAUUAAUCAUCACUUGAUAGCAUUUGGAUAUUCACCCAUACAAUUUCAAUUGUAUAAUAACCCAGAUGACCUGAAAAUAUUUUUAAAAUAUUUGUUGGGUGACAAAGGAUCUUCCGAACACUAAAAUGUAUAUAUAUAUUUGUAUGCAGAAUGUACAAACCAAAGAAUAUUAGUUUUGUU